GGAUAUUACAAGUUUCUUUUGCUCUGGAUACGGGACAAAUUGGAUGAAAUCCUGAAAACCAAAUCUUUCCAUAAACCUGGUUCAGAACUAAAAUGUCUAUUUUAUUUGUAUAGAUAGAUAGUAUUGUAAUAUAAGAAUGGAGAGUCAUCAACUGAGUCCCUCAAAACAAGAGGAUAUGACGGUUCAUUAUGCUGGGGAGUCCACUAGGAGUAGAGUACAGCUGGUGCAGCCUACACCUCAAACCUGUGGAACCUGGCAUACUGGUUUCUGUAACUGCUGCCAUGACUGUGGAACAUGUAUGUGCGGAAGCUGUUGCCUCUGUUUCCAGGCCUGUGAAACAGCCAAUGCUUUGAAUGACAGUGGUUUCCUCUAUUGCCUACUCAGUGUACUCUGUGGUCCCUGUGUACCAAUAUGUCUACUGCGUAUGAAAGCUAGGACUAAAUACGGAAUUGAGGGAUCUAGCUGUGGUGACUGUUGUAGUGCACUAUGCUGUACAUGCUGUACUAGUAUUCAGGUAUAGUUUAUUUUUAAAGGGAGUGUUCGCCAAUAAUAUAG